CUCAAUCGACAACCGGUCGACGGAAAAUAUUUGUUUAUGUGCACUCGUUGGAUUUGCGGAAAGUUGAUUGCCAUGAGAACGGAUAUGCAAUAAAGUUCUGGUUAAAAGAAAACACAGCAUCGUCCUGGUUCGGUUCGUUUGGGGGCAUUGCUUGUGCAGUUUUGUGCAUUUGAAUAUCGUCGGCCGUCGCUUAAAAGCCUUUUUAUUCUUCAUUCGGUUGACCAUCUUGGGGAAAAUCGAUUUCGAACGACUUUCACUUUUUACUCAAUUGGCACAAACCAGUGGAAGUGUGUAACGAUGGCGAAGCGGAGCCAGGCUUUGUUGCUGUCCGGUUUGCAGCGCGGGCGUGAACGGAUUAGUGCAACUAAUUAGGCGCGCACACGAAAUUGUUUUUACAUUGAAAGUGAAUUUAAGUUCGUUAAAAUGCUGACGAAAAAGUUGAUGCUAAGAUCGUUCGCGAUGCCACGUUGGUCGACCUUAGUCCCAAUAGUGUCGUAUUUGGUUUUCAUUUCGGUCAUCCUAAAUGUAACGUUUCCGCUUAAGAAACAGAUCGCGACCCCACCGGCCGCUCGAGACAGCAACAAGAGCGAACCCGCCAACGAGCCAAAGGCGAUUUUGUCGGGGAAUUCGAUCGACGUGCACAAUGUGUUGCAAGCUGCCUUUAAAAUAGCCGAUAAAAACCAGGAUCACCUCUUAACAAUUCAAGAGUUAGGUCACUUCAUACACAAGAAAAUAAUGGAACACAUAAAUCGUGCCAUUGAGGAAAACCCUAUUCAAUUUUCUUAUAUCGACAAAUCUCCACGUGAUGGACUAAUCAGUUGGGAGGAGUAUCACUCGUACUUCCUUCGAGAGCACGGAAUGAACGAAAACUACAUUCUCGAACACAAUGAAAGCAAACAUGUGAACCUAAAUCGCAAAGCAAAGGAAGAAAUUAUGCGUGACAAGGCACUUUGGUCAGAAGCUGCGAGGACAGAUCCCUUUAGCUUAACAUUGGAUGAAUUUUUGGCAUUUCGUCAUCCCGAGUCCAGUGCAGUGAAUCUGCUUAGUUUGGUUGAUGAUCUAUUAAGACAGUUUGACAUGGAUGGUGAUGACCAACUGACGAUAGACGAAUUUUCUGACUUAACAGUUGACGAUGAGGAUGAACGUUAUAAGAAAUCAAUUAUAUCAAAAACGGUCGAGGAAAGACGCACUGAAUUUCUUAAACUAAUUGACAAGAAUAAAGAUGGCAAGGCGGAUCGAGGAGAGUUAUUGACUUAUGUAGAUCCGAAAAACCCACGCUACGCUCUCCAAGAAGCUGCAACACUUUUUGCUUUGGGCGAUACCAACAAAGAUCGAAAACUGAGUUUUGAUGAGAUGAUGCAAAAUGCUAACAUUUUCAUGGCAUCAAAGAUGAUCGACACAGCAACAAGCUUCCAUGACGAGUUUUAAUGGAGCUGUUUUCUAAAAUUAAGCAAUAUAAGACUAGAUUUUAUGAUCAAUAAUGGAAGACAUUUUGAAUGUUUUUUUAAUAAUGCUCUUACUAUUUAAGACGAUUCUUGUGAUCUUCAAAUUUAUAACUACUAGAAUAGACUCUGGAUAUUAUGGAAAUAUGAAAUAUUUCAUCACAAAUUUUUGUUGGAUAGAUCUUCGACUGAAUUAUACAAACACUUACUGUAAGUUGAGUCUCCGUCCUCAUAGAUGUUAGCCUUUUGCCAAUAGUGAAUUAGUUGUGUUUAUACAUAGUAUUAUUUAAAUUGUUCUUAUAGUAUUUUUAUGUGUACUUUUAUUUGGACAAAAUGUAAUCCUUUCGAAGCGCAAAUGGCAGCCAAAUACAUUUCUAAAAUAGACAUAUUUA